AUGCCUGGUGGCGUAUGUGCCGUGCUCGACUAUGAAGUCGAGCCCAUGGCCGACUAUGUCUCGGAGAUGGCAACCCGGAUCGUGAUGCCCCAGCGCCAAGUCAACCCAGCUUUCCGAAAGUUUGUGUCCCAGAUCUUGACCUCGACGCGUCUUCCCAGCACCACCAUUCUUCUUGGCAUGAACUAUCUCGCCAAGCGCAUCAACAUGAUGCAUGCCGCUGGGCAGACAAACCACACCGAGGGUCAGAUAUGGCGCAUGCUCACCAUAUCAUUGCUUCUCGGGAGCAAGUUCCUGGACGACAACACGUUCCAGAACAAGUCUUGGUCGGAAGUGAGUGGCAUCCCGGUCCAGGAGCUGAACACUCUGGAAUACGAGUGGCUAGGCGCUAUUCAGUGGUGCCUCUAUGUCAAUCUGGACGGGAGCAAGGACUACCAGGCCUGGCUGUCGAACUGGAAGGAGUGGCAGGAGACGAAGAAGAGGCAGCAGCAAGCGAGCCGCGACCGCCUGGCCGGCAUCGUGUCGCCUGUCGAACCCGAUAUGGCGCGGUCUCGUGCCCAGCAGCUGUACUCGGCCUGGCACCAGCAGCAAGUGGCCGAGUACGAGCGCUUGUCUGGCUCGAAGCGCAACCAGGCGCCGCCGACGACCUCGUUCCGGCACGACCCUUCGCCGUGGGCGUAUUCGCUGGCCUCGUGGUCGCAGGCUGCUCCACUUACGCCCCCCGACUCGGGCUACGGUACUCCGGAGUACGCUAACUCGACCGCGCUCGCCAAUUCGAACUAUGCGGAAUGGUUCGAUGGCGCAUUGGUUGGCAACAACAGUUCGAGACAUUACCAAUCCCCGACCUACGGCGGCUUCCGCCAUGGCAACCAUGCCUCUCGCAACCCCGGCAGUUAUGGUAACUACUAUGGUUACGGCCACAACAUCUGGGAGCACCCGGGUGUUGCGGACUGCAACUGCGGCAGCUGCGGUGGCCUACACAACAAGGCUCCCGGCUACUUCGGCGGCCACGGCUACAGACAAGCCGUUGUUGGUUAA